AUGAUAGAACCCCAAAAUAAUAAGAAUAUUAAUAAUAAUAUUUAUAAUAAUAAUAAUAAUAAUUUUAAAAUGAAUCAAGAUGAAAAUCAAUUAAUUUUAAAUUCAAAACAAUUAUUAGAAAAAAUUAAAAUAAGUAAAAAAAAAAAUCCACAAUUAAAAUUUAUUAGAGUUUGUUGGAUUGAUAUUUCAAAUAAAAUUAGAACUAAAGCAAUUAAUAUCGAUUGGAUAUUAAAUCAUGAACCAAAAUUAAUCCAUGUUUCAAUUACAAAUGUUUGUAUGUCCUUAUUAUGUUUUGAAGAUUCAGUCACAAUAGAAGCUUUAAAAAGUGAAAAUUUUGGUGAAGCUUUUUUAAUUCCAAUAACAACAACAAAAUUAAAUAUUUUACCAUAUUGUCCAAGUCAUAUUCAAAUUUUUGGUGAAUUUUUUUAUUUAGAUAAUGAAAGUAAAAAAUUAAAACCAUGGUUAUUAUGUCCAAGAAAUUCAUUACAAAGAGCAAUUGAUAGAUUAAAAAAUAAAUUUGGUAUUUCACUAAAAGGUUCAUUUGAAGAGGAAUUUUAUUUAAUUAAAAAAGGUGAUAAUAAUAAUUCAUCGGUGGCAUCAUUAUUAAAUUCAAUUGAAAAAUUAGAUCAUGGUACAUUUGCAAAUUAUCAUUCAUUAGAUUGUUAUGGUGAUAUACUUGAAAAGAUAACAAAUGCACUUGAGGAACAAGGUUUACCAAUUGAACAAUUGUUAUCAGAGAGUGGUUCAGGUCAAUUUGAAAUUACCAUUGAUUAUACUGAUAUUAUGGAAGCAUGUGAUAGACAUAUUAUAGUACGUCAAACUAUUAAUUCCAUAGCAUCGUAUAAUGGAUACAUUGCAACAUUUAUUCCAAAACCAUUUGAUGGUUUAGUUGGGUCAGGUUGUCAUGCUCAUUUAUCACUUUGGGAUACGAAUGAUAGUAAUUUAACACCGGAUGCAAAUGGUGAAUGUGGUUUAAGUUUGGUUAAUCAAUUUUUUAUAGGUGGUUUAUUAAAACAUUCAAAAUCGUUAACUGCCCUAUUCAACACAACUCCAAAUUCAUACAAAAGAUUGAAACCAUUUUAUUGGAGUGGGUGUAACGUUUCUUGGGGAUUGGAUAAUAAGGAAUCCUUCAUUAGAAUACCCUCAAGUCCCUUCUCAGCCACUGAUGGAUGUAGUAACUUUGAAAUUAAAACAAUUGAUCAUACCUCAAAUCCUUAUUUGGCAAUGGCUGGCAUAAUUCAUGCAGGUUUUGAUGGUAUUGAAAAUUCAAUAGCUCCACCACCUCCAACUUCAUUAUUUGAUCAAUCAGUCCUAAAUAAUCAAUUAAUUCCAUCAAAUUUUGAAGAUGCUAUUCAAUCUCUUAAAGAAAAUCAUUAUCUUUGUGAAAAUAUUGGUAAUGAUAUUUCAAAUGCUUUCAUUCAUGUCAAACUUGCUGAAAAUAAAAUUUUAAAAGAAUUAUCAGAUGAUGAUCAAAUAUUAAAAUUAUUAGAAUUAUUUUAA